AUGGCCACACCGGCACGGUAUCUGUCGCGGACACUGUUCCAAGUCAAUCGACGAAUACCAGUAAAGAGGAAGUGUCAAUCUGCAGCCUUCGCGCGACCUCGGAUUCCCAACCGGAGCAUACAAUGUCAAAGACAUCUCUCGACAACCAUCGCCCAGCGAGCAGACAACACUCGGGGUACCUCUGCGUCCGACGGAGAAGGCCACACUGAAGAUGCGCUGGGGUUCGAUUUCGACAAAGAGCCCGAAGGCGGCUACCAGACGCCCAGCUCGCCCAUCACCGUCGCUGAUCUCGACGCCGACGAACUCGCCGACUUCAACAUGCUCUCCCCGAAAGACCAAGUCGCGUACCUCAAGCUGCAGAACCACUAUGCCGCCGAAUUCGAAGCCGCAGGCAUAGACGUCAACAAUGACCCCGAAGGCGAGCUCCCCGACCCUGUCAUGGACAAGCUGGUCGUCGACCUCGAGCGCAAGUUGGACAAGGAGAUCGAGCCGCUGGACUUUCCCGACAUCCCGCUGCAGAACAAAGACAAGGGAUUCUGGGCGCUGGACGAAGAAGACGAUGAAUUCACGCAGGUCGAGGACGGGGAGGAAGAGUGGGAUGAGAGUGCGAUCACCAGCGUUGCACACAGUGAGCUGGACUUGCACAGGGAGAUCCGAGAGUACACACGCGUUAUUGCCUGGGAUAUGCCAUUGUUACAAAAGUUCGUCAAACCGUUCACACCACCCUCUUCGUCCACGCCCCUCCGCUUCCGCUACACAACAUACCUGGGCGAAUACCACCCGGCGGCCCGCAAAGUGACCGUGCAAUUCUGCACAAAGGACCUCCCGAACCUGACUGAGCAACAACGCCAGAAACUGCUGAAACUCGUGGGUCCGCGCUACAACCCUGACACGGACGUGGUCAAGAUGUCGUGCGAACAGUUCGAGGCCCCCGCGCAGAAUAAACGAUACUUGGGCGAUUUGGUAAAGAAGUUGUUGGACGAGGCGAGGAACGGGAAGGAUAGCUUUGCCGAUGUUCCCCUCGACCUGAGGCAUCACAAGUCGAAGAAGAGGGUCGAGUUUCCCGAAGCGUGGAAGCUGAAGCCCUCCCGGGUCAGGGAGUUAUUGACUGCCAGACAGGAGCAGAAAUUGCUGGGUGAGACCCAGACGGCUCAUCCGGGGUCGGUGUUGGAUGGGAAGGACUUGGUGCAUGAGUACGUCAGGCAGAUCUCAAGACCGGUGGCGCUCAAUGCGCAGAGAGCUGUGUAA